AUGAGUGUAGACGAGCCUGUUAAUUAUGUUGAGGAAGCUGCUGAUCCAGAGGAACUUGAGUCUCUUGCCCCUCUUGCUUCAUUAUUUAGAAAUGCUGUCCAUGGCCAUUCUCGACAGUCGAACGAGGGAUUUGCUCAGGAUUUGUGGCAGCAGGUUUUAGCCAAGGCCUCAGCUGAGCAAGCUGAGAGAGCAGAUCUCGUCUCAGUCGAGGAUAGUUUCGAGGAGGAUUUCCUUGUUUCUGAGUUUGGGAAGAGAAUCUUUGCGCCACUUCCUGGUGAUAAGAGCAAGGCCUCAACUGAGCCUCUGCCUGAUAGCUCGACAUAUCCCUUCCGUAGCAAAGAAGACUUCAUCACGUCUCUUUUGUUCAGCUCACCUCGCAUGCCCUUCUCUGCUGCCCAGAAGUCGGCUGUGCUGAGCUGGGCAAAGGAGUUAGGUGCACCUCAUGUCCCUUCAUUAUACUCCAUCAACAAGUUGCAGGAUUUUCUUGCGGAGUUGGUUGGGAACCCCACACAAUGGAAGACCACAAAGUCUGGUGAUAUUUUCUAUCUCAAUAAUGUUGCGGAGGCCAUUGCAAAGGCAACUCCUCAACAGCUUGCUGAUUAUCCUGAGGACACCGGAGAACGUACAUCUGGUGUAUUCAAUGGUGAAAAGCUCCUCCUCGAAGCACCAUCACCUCCUGCCGUACAAGUCCUCGGGACCGUCUUCUUCAUCAAUGAACUCUUGCGUGACAGCAUGGAUAGCUACUUUAUUCCUGAAAGGUUCUUUUACGCCUUGUAUCCACUUGAUGAUCAGGACGAUAAACCAGAGAGGCAACUAGGGGGACAUGCCGCCGGGCCUGUUCACCCGGCCGAAGCAAAGCCGCCUCGAGGCGAUCACACAAAGUCCGCGUUUCUGGCCGCCGCCCAGCCGCCCGGUAUCACCUCUCAUGGACUUCACGCUCGGUUGGACGACGUCUGUCUCAUGGGCAUCUUCACGUUUUUGAAGUCGUGCUGGUCUCGAGGCCGCUGA